AUGACUUCACCUUUUAGAGGACAAGAAUGGAUGAGAGAAGUGUUGAAUGGACAUCCUAUUCGAUGUGUAAAUGCAUUUAGAAUGGACUCCGAUUUGUAUAAGCAAUUAUGUGAAGACUUAUAUUCAAAAUAUGGAUUACAAUCUACUAGGAAUAUGUCAUAUGUGGAGAAAGUUGGUAUAUUUAUAUACACACUUGCUAUGGGUGCUUCCAAUAGAGAGGUUGGUGAGCGAUUUCAACGUUCCGGUGAAACAAUAAGUAGAGCAUUUCAUGAAGUUUUGGAAGCAAUUAGUGGUAGGAGUAGCGGAUACAAAGGCCUUGCACGUGAUAUCAUAAAACCAGAUGAUCCUACAUUUCAAUCUAUACCGUCUUACAUUACUAAUGAUGCACGAUACAUGCCAUAUUUCAAGGUAUGUAUUGGAUGUAUUGAUGGUACUCAUAUAGCAGUGUGCAUCCCUGAGGCUGAUCAAUUGCGAUAUAGAGGGAGAAAAGGAAUUCCUACUUUCAAUGUUAUGGCAGCGUGUGACUUCGAUAUGUGUUUCACUUUUAUAUCUGUUGGAUGGGAAGGAUCAGCACAUGAUACACGUGUAUUUCUUCAUGCUAUUAAUACACCAUCAAUGAACUUUCCCAAGCCGCCACAAGGAAGAUAUUAUUUGGUGGAUAAAGGAUAUGCAGAUAAACAAGGAUAUUUGGUACCUUAUCCAAGAAUAAGGUAUCAUCAAUCUCAAUUUGAACAAGAGCCGCCAACUAAUGCUCAAGAAGCAUUUAAUCGUGCACACUCUUCUCUUCGAAGUUGUAUUGAGAGGUCGUUUGGAGUAUUGAAGAAGAGAUGGAAGAUACUUGCUAAAAUGCCGCAGUUUAGUGUGGAGACCCAAAUUGAUGUUAUUAUGGUCACAUUUGCACUACAUAAUUAUAUUCGAAAGAAUUCACAAGAUGACAUGAUGUUUAAUGUGCUUGAGCAGCAUCCAGAUUACAUACCGCCCGAUGACCUUCAAGAUUCAAGUACUAAUAUCUCCAUCAACGAAAAUUUAAGUCAGGCCUCUAUGGAGAUGAAGGAGAUUCGCAACAAUAUUGCUACUUCAUUAACUGUCUUGUUAUCUGGCGGUAUGCUUUUAUCCCAACAACGGUACAUGAAUGAUAUUCUCAAACGUGUUGGCAUGGUGGACUGCAAGCCAGUAAUCACGCCUGUCUCUUCUGCGAAAAUCACAGACGACGUGGUCGUUCCCUAUGCCGAUCCAACACAAUACAGGAGUCUUGCUGGUGCUCUCCAUUAUCUUACGGUAACUCGUCCGGAUCUAUCUUAUGAUGUUAAUCUAUUGUGUCAACAUAUGCAUGCUCCCACUACUACAGACUGGGCAUCUCUAAAUAGAGUCCUGCGGUAUGUCAAAGGCACCCUGAAUCUUGGCCUGCGUAUUUCUCGAUCUACAUCUAUGGAUAUUCACGCCUAUUCUGACUCAGAUUGGGCUGGCGAUCCGAAUGACCGGAAAUCUACUAGUGGCUUUGCUGUGUUCUUGGGCAGUAAUCUUAUAUCUUGGGUUUGUCGGAAGCAACGGACUUCGGCACGUUCUUCGAUUGAAGCAGAAUACAAGGAACUCGCUGAUGUAUCUGCAGAAGUUACAUGGCUCGUUUCUCUGUUACAUGAAAUCACCAUCCCGCCUGCGUCUCCUCCUCAGCUAUGGUAUUGA